CCCGUGUCGAUUUUCGCGCGAAUAUCCGAGGCGUCGUCAGUCACCGUUUAGCAAAUUCGAAAUCGAUCGCUGUUACAUAGCGCCACGGAGAAUUCCGAAUAAAGUUCACACGCUCCGGGGCUCGCGCUUUUGGAAUAUCUGCACGAAGAGAUUCCACGAGCAGGGGUAAAAUAUUAACCAACGUACGUACGUACGUACACACGGAUGAAUGGAACUCUGUACCGGUUUAAACUCGCAUUUGCUGAAUUACGAGCGUGUACGGGUGUGUGAAAAUUACGUUACAUGGAUCGGGGAGCGGUUGACCAAACUUUUCGAAGAGCUUAUAUUGUUACGCGGAAGAGAACGCCAAUAAUGCCGCGCUAAUGAAAACUGCAAAAUCAUAUUUAUAGUUGUUAAAGGUGAAACGGGACUCCGCAGCACGUGCGGUACGACGGUUAUAGAAAUCGUGAGUACGAGCCGGUGGCCUACUUCCACCUUCGCGUCAAUCACGAAAUCACGGAUCCGAAGGAGACCGAAAAAAGAUGUCCGUACUAGAGCAGUUUCUCUCUGCGUCGAAAAUGAUCAAUCCGAUCCCCUUAAAGGACUCUCGGAGAGCCGCCAAACCUGAGGGUUCGGACUACUUGAAAAUUGUACUCCCUCUCCGCCUCCACUCGAUCGUAUCGUACGAACUAACAAACCUCCGGUCGGACAUCAAUGAUUUAUUCAGCUCUCCGAGUCUCGGUCGUUUCAUCGGCACGCUACGUGCGAGUUUCGCUCACUCGUUAUUCGCGUCGUACGCAUUUCGUGGCUAAUAAAUGCGACCUGGGGACCGUGGUGUAGUACCGUCUAUCGUCGGCCGCCGCUGACAUUCGGACGAAAUAACGAAUUUCGUCUAGCCGAGAAAUCGUGCGACAACCUUGACGUGUCGCGAGCCUGAAACGGCGACCGUUUUUGCUUUCUUUAAUCGAAUGAAUUUUUCUAACGAGCUGGAUUAUCGCUAGGGCAUAUAAAUUCCCGUAAGAUUUCAUUAUACGCGCGCGUUGUAUGUACAGCUGCUGCAAGAUUUGGCGUAUAAGAUCUCAUCCGAGAAUCACAUUAUACGCGUACGUAUGUACAUAAUCCACCUCGCAGAUUUUGCAUUUGAAUUAUACGUUGGAAUAUAAAGUAGAUCCGACUCCACCCGAGGGGGAGGAGAUCCACCCCGAAAGAUGAGUGGGGUAAUAACGCCACGCCGAGUAAACAAUUUCAACCGGCAACUCCGAUUAAGUUACUUGCUCUUGUAACUGGAGGUGAAAGAAUUUUCUACCGGGAAUCGUUGAAGGUCGGAUGUAAUAAUAAUAAUAAUAAAAAAAAAAAAAAAAAGAAGAAGAAGAUUAAACAAGAAAUAAAUAAAUCGAACCGGAGAGAAAAAAUGGAGCGAAGCGGCGAAAUCAAAGUAAUUUCAGUUUAAUGGGUCGAUCAAAAAGACCGCGGUAAUUCACGCCGGAAGGAGGACAAACAUCGGCUCGGAGGGUCGGCUUUUCAGGGGAGAGAGAAUCGCGAAAAAAGAAAAACGUCCACUCGACAACCACGGGUGUUUUUCGUCAGGUCGAGGGCUCGAUGUCAAUCGAUUCGUAAUACGGAUUAAAAUUUUCCUAAGGUUUCCGGGAAACUGGUUGAAGAGCUUGAAUUUUUUCGGUAUGAGUUAUCAGUUCAUAUUUGGUACUCGAUCGAUGAUUCGAAAGGACUUUCGAUUCCAAAUCUAUCGAGGUGAUUCGCUACUCUUAUCGCCGUCACGAGCCAUCGCGCCAAAUGUAUAAUUUACAAUUUCCCAAGGGCGUGCGAAAAACAAUAAGAUGAAUUUUGGUCGUCGUGUCUAGACGUCUAGGGUUUGAUCAUAGUUAUUAUCCGCGAAAUACAAAUUUUCGCUAUAGCCUAACUUCUGCGGGGGAUUCGACUUUUUUUUUUUCACGCCGCUUCGAUGUAAUUCCCUAUAAUAAACUCAAAUUUUCAUUCUCAAUUUAUUCGUUUGCAAAAUAUCAUCGCGCAGCGAUGAUCGUAAGCGCGACUGUUACCACCGUUACUUGUAAUCGUGCGAAAUAAACGGAUGGCCAAAAGAGAGAAUCUAUGAUGAUAUUUUUUAUCGUCAUUCAUUAUUUAUUAUUAUAUCCAAACACAGGGCGCGCGAAAUGCAACGCGACGACGCCAUAUUUCGCCGAGGUAAAAUAAUAUUUUAUUGCCGAUGGGGAAACGAUAACAACCGGCGAUAAAAUUUCACGCAGCUUCUUUACGCAGCCAUAGAUUUCUCCCUUGUAGAUAAAGAAUCGAAGCACGGAAAAUUGAUCGGGAGAGAGAAAAAAAGAAAAACAAGAGAAAAAGAAGCGACCGGUAAUCGACGUGCGCCGUGCACAAGUUAAUUACAGAGUGGCCGUUAUGUAAUAGUUGGGCUUUCAGUUGCCGGCAUUUAAAGGGUGGUUUCUUUUUUUUGCUUGGAAUUUUCCCUUUUGUCGACAAAUUAAUUUUUCAUCCCCUUUUUCAGCCCUUUUUCAGCGCUACAGGUGCGGGUGGAUAUAAAAAUUCAUACCCUUGCGCCCAGACGAGCUCGUAUACCUAUUUUAGUAGAAAAAAAACCGUCUCACAGACGCCAUACGUCCGAGUACAAUGACAUUGUUUUUCCGCUGCACUUCGGAAUCGCCGGUGGUACGGGCGAAGAAAAACACGUCAGACGCGACACGACGAUUUUCGAUCUCCGCGGCGAAAUAAUGAACGGCGAUCCCACCCCCGUAUCCCCCAUUUUCUUACGGUGCAUCCCCGAUAAGCUGGUAGGCGUACCGGAUACGUUAUCUAUCUCGUUGUUUCGACGGAGAUCGGCCGAGGGUGGUCGACCCUGGUAGAAAACGACCUCGGCAGACGAAUGCACGCGUUUCGCGGCCAGAGGGUGGCGGUGGUGAAAACCGCACGGUUUACGCGAGAGCGACGCUUGCGCCGGAGGGUGAAACGGCGGGCGUCGCGACGCUCACACUUCUCUGCACCGUGUCCAUUCGUUCUUCGCGGGGGCGCGCAUUUAUCGCAACGUUCUUCAUUCCGGGCCGCGCGAUAACACGGGCUGCAGGGCAUCAGGCGCACGAAAGAUUUUCAACUUGCGAACAUCACGAAUAUCUUUUACCCGCGGGGCGGCGAACCCCAAAAUUUCAUGCCGAAAAGCUCGGAUAAUUGUCGUCGACAAACAUGUACAUGAGAAUUUUAUUCAUCGACAAGUGAAUAUUGAAUGGAAAAAGGAGAGAGAAGAAAAGGCGGUUCAGAUGUGACGUGUUCGGAUUUGAAUAAAUUUUUAGGUGGUGCAGAAACAAAGAGCUAAUUUUCACAUUUUUUUUCAUUUGACAGAUUCGUUCGUUUACUUGUUUCACGUAGAGUCUGCUCGAUUGUGCAGUACCUGGUUUGUUUCACUUGUGAAAAUUAUUUGAAAAAUUGAAUGGAUAAAAAAACACAACGAACUAUAACGACUCGAUGGAUGUGCGAUGCUUUUCGCUGAUCGGUUUAUCGAGUAAAGAAAAAGCUGAAAGUGAUCAAGAUCAUCUUCGUAAGAGUCAAGUUUACUUGCCUCUCAUUCGCGCCUCUUCGAUCACUUUUUUUUCGCAGUGAAGUGCAAAGUGGAUCGCGUCUUACUUGCAUACGUAUAUUACGAGUUGUUCAUUUUUAUUUUUUUAAACAACACCACGUCGUAAAUAGUGCUUUAUUUUCAGUGCUUUCCGAAGCUUUACGUACGCGCAUUUGAAUAACAACUCCGUAAGUUACACCUUGAAAAUUUGAAAACUUUUUUCAUUCAGAACAAAAAAAAAGUUGGUGUCCAAAAAUGUUGUGAGAAACUUACAGUUACCGAUUGACGCAGAUCCACGGUGGCAUGGUCAGGGAAAAUAUGCCAACGAUGAACCUAUUAACGAUACUUCUGCACCUGCUGGCAACAGUCUGCCCGAGCACCUCGUCGAUAUCAGACUCCGAGAUUUGCGACGAAGGUCAUUUCAAGUGCAACGGAAGUUCGGUGUGCGUACCCCAAAGGCAAAAUUGCGACGCCAAAUUUGAUUGCCCUGACGGAUCCGACGAAUGGAAUUGCGCUGAUUUACCUGGAGCUACAUUUUGGGAUCAUUUAUUCCGGAAAAGGCCAGCCGCUGAACGCGAUGAUCAGGGCCACGUUGACUGCGCCUGGAGGAAUUUCAAAUCAAUUUGCGCGUGCAAAGGAAACGACAUAUUUUGCCAGUACAAAAACAUCUCGAGGGUUCCAGCGCUGCCUUCCCGUAACCUGAUGCUUCUGGAUCUUUCCGGAAACCCGUUCACGACAUUGAGUGAAUCGAAUCUUGGGAAACUUCCGGAAGUGAAUACCUUGGUCCUGCAACACUGCUCCAUCAACCGUAUCGAAAAAGGCACGUUCGACGGACUCGCUUCCACCAGCACACUAUACCUGAGCCACAAUGAAAUCGGAGAGCUGAAGGAGAAGCUUUUCCCACCGCAGAACAAGUUGAAAAUACUGGUGCUGAGCAGCAACAGGCUGAAGACUCUCCCGGUAAAUGUAUUCCUGAACUUGGCGCAGCUUAACGAACUGGACUUGCGUUCGAAUUCAUUGACGGAAGUGAACGCGCUCUCUCUUCAACCCUUGGUCAACCUUCGUACUCUAUACCUAAACGGAAACCAGCUGACCACUAUUAAAGGUUCUUUUCCGUGCCUAGAAAAUAUGGCAACGCUUUCUCUAGCGAACAACAAACUACGAGAUAUCCCAGUGAACGCUUUUGUCAACUUACCCGGUCUAAUGUACUUAUUUUUAUCCGGCAAUAGAUUGAUCAAACUUCGUACCGGCAGCUUUAAUAAUCUGGAUCAUUUACUCGCCCUGAACUUGAACGAAAAUGCCAUCGACGAAAUCGAGAUCGAGGCCUUUUCUCCUCUGGUUAAUUUGACGUCUCUGGACUUGAAGGGGAACAAAUUCCGAAAACCGGAUCGUACGGUGUUAAAGUCACUGGGCAAGCUCGAAUAUGUGUACUUCGACGAGUUCGCGAUGUGUCUGGCGGCACGAUGGGUCCGCGUAUGCGAACCCAAGGGUGACGGAAUUUCCUCGUUACAGCAUCUCUUAGACAAUCCGAUCUUAAGAGCCAGCGUGUGGAUGAUGGCCGUAUGCGCCUGCACCGGCAACAUUCUGGUUCUUCUCGGAAGACUUCUUGCCAGAGAAAGUAACGCCGUUCACAGUCUGUACAUCAGAAAUCUUGCCCUUUCCGAUCUACUCAUGGGACUUUACUUGAUAUUGAUCGCGGCUGCCGAUAUCGUGUACAGAGGACGAUAUAUCGACUACGAAGAAAUUUGGAGACACAGUGUCACCUGCAAUCUGUGCGGAUUCCUGAGCACUCUGAGCUGCGAAAGUUCCGCUUUAAUUUUAUCACUGGUGACAUGGGAUCGCUUCGUGUCGGUGACACAGCCCUUGGCACGAAGACAACCGUCCCCAAGACGCGCGACCUUACACCUAGUCGCCCUAUGGCUAGCUUCGGGAAUAGUAGCGGCGCUUCCCCUCACGGGUGCUUCCUACUUCGGAAAUGAAUUCUACGGAAGUAACGGCGUCUGUCUCAGUCUCCACAUCCACGAUCCCUUCGCCAAGGGUUGGGAGUACAGCGCGGUGAUGUUCAUCCUCGUGAACACUGUAGCCCUUGUAUUCAUAAUUUACGCUUACGUUCGGAUGCUGCGUGAGAUAAAAAUCAGCAGCGUUGCACUACGUUCGACGCAAGAAAGUCAAGAGCGAGCCGUGGCGCAACGUUUCGGCGUAAUAGUGGCGACCGAUUGCCUCUGUUGGGUGCCUAUUAUCGCCGUUAAAUUGGUCGCUCUGACUGGGCUUCACGUAGACGAGGGACUUUACGCUUGGUUGGCGGUACUCGUGUUACCCAUAAAUUCGGCACUGAAUCCCGUUCUCUACACACUCACCACGAGCAUGUUCAAGCGACAGGUGUCGGGAGUCCUCGCAGCGGUAAGGGCGCGGGUCUACUCCGAACAUCAUCGUCGUCGUCAUCGUUCCACAUUCCGAAACGGUCAUUGCAGCGACAGCGCCUUGUCCUACAGCCUUGGGGUUCUACCGCAUCGUCAGAGAUCUUCGUCCGCUUGCAGGGUGCUCUGCUCGGCGGACAGCAAACGACGCUUGGUGCGAAAUAGGCACAACGGUAGUACCUGCAGCAAACUCGGUAGCGUGAGAUCCAUUUCAUCGUUGAGCCUCUCCUCCGUAAGAGCUUCGGACAGACCCAGAAUUCCCCAAUCACGACGCGUCGAGGAGUGCGCGCCCUUCAUCGUUUCCAGGUCAGUUGACACCCGCUGGAGAGCGAUCGGUCGAUACAAGUGGUUGUGACCUCGUCAAUCUCGACCCCAACAGCGAACGAGACGUUAGAAAACGUGGGCGACGUUUGAGGAAAGUUGUCCGUCUGUAAUCCCAAAAGGCAAAUCUCGACCCGGGGCAAACGCCUGACAGAGACGUUGAUGUUGAUUUUAUAACUAAUCGUCGAUGCUAUCGUGAUAAAAAUUAUUUGAUAAAAAAUGACAAUUACGAUGUUCGCUGUUGAAUGUGAUGUUAAAUAUAGGCAGUCACUGUUUCACUCUAUAAUAUUAUACACAAAAAAUUGAUAAUGAAUUUUUUCCAACCCGCUUAUAUGGCUAUUGAUUAAUCAUUUUUGUAACGAAUUGAUGUAUCGUUGGAUAGAUUAAGAAAUUUUAUAAAAUCGUAUGCGAUAAUUAUUGGCGUCUGAGAAAAGAAAAUAAUAUUUUUUAAUAAUCGUAUAGUAUAAUCGAAAGGAUAACCGGCGCGAUGGCACCGGAUUGAACCUAAUCGUUGAAAUGAAUCCGAGUACGUUUUAUCUGUAAAUAAACAGCAUACAAGAAAAUGGUGGAAAAGCAUACGUAAGCUUAUAAUCUAUAAAUAUAAUACAUAAGAACUUGCGACCCCGCACCGCUACCGAAUUCCGAGUUCGGUGUAGAUUCUGCGCCGAUUCGAAGUUCGGUGGCGGCGAUCGCGUAUGAGUGAAAAAUAAAAAUCAAAAGAAUAUUAUAUCGUUAGUCGUCGAAGUUAUUACCGGGCGUUUCUUCACCUGAUAUAAAAUAAUACAUGAUAACAAAUAUUUAUGUGAUUGUUUAAAUGUGAUUGUAAUUUUGUAAUUCGCCCGUACACUAAACUCGUCUUUCAAUGUAUACGUAAUAUUACAGCGUUUGUGUAAAUACAUGACAAAUCAUCUCUGACAACGAGGUCUGUAAUAAUUCAUAACUCGAGUUUGAAAAUAAAAAAAAAAAAAGAUAAGAAAUGAUAAUACGCACUGUAAUAAUGCGCUCAAUAAUUGACCACAUCGACGGUAAAUUAUAAGCUUUGUAAAUAUAAUAGCCACAAAACAUACCCAAGUACAAUUGUACAAUUGAAUACGUUGUAUUUGAAAUAAAAAAAAACCGUAAA